UGAAUUGGAAAUAGUUUUCGACCCGGUAAAAUGUGCAUCAACAUGCAUGGGACGUUUGUCUUGUGUUUUGCUUUGUUCCAAAAAUAGGUCGUCUGAAUUUAGGUAUCUCUGGGAAGUUAUUCGGAUAAAUAUUUUUCUGAAGAAAAGGCGGAAAGAAAGCAAGAAACACUAGGAAUACAACAUAUAUUUGGAAACAGUGGAAUAUCAUUAUUUUUGGAUAAAUACUAAGUUAUAUGUUCUAUAAAGGCGUUUGUUGAAACAAUCCCAAAAUGAAGGAUGACCCGUGUUCACCAACAGUAGAGAACCAUCAAAAUGGCCGACGCUCAUCAAGUCCAUUAAUUGAUAGAUUUCCAAACACUAUAAAAGAAAUGUCCUUAAAAUGGCAUAGUGAAGGCAGAAACGGAUUAAAUGUAACCAAGUUGGAUAGCAACAUGAGAAGACAUAGUGAAAAUGAAAGUGAGGAACUCUCCAAUUUGGAGGAAAGAAAACUACAAAUUGAACUCUCCGAAAUGGAGGAGAGAAAGUUACAAAUUGAUGAAGGUAACAGACCGAAAAUGUUAGAAGAGGAAGACAGAUAUCAACUUCCGGACACGCAAAACCACGAGCUGAGUAAUUCUGAAAAUCAUGAUGUUCGGAUAACAAGUAGUGCACAAGAUUUAAACAAUAUGCAUAGUCCAAUUAGAAGUGCAGCAAACGAGGGCACAAUGAGACUGUCAGAUUUACCCAUUCCCUUACAUCUUCAGCUGGAAAGGCAGCGACAAGAGCAGCUUGUGGGAGAACCACAGUUGCACGUGCAAGAAAUGAGCUCAACAGUCUCUUCCCCAGUUCCUGGUCCAAAGACGAGCCCGGUCAACAACAAUUUGAAAUGUUUGGUGUGUGGUGACAAGUCGUCUGGUAUACACUAUGGCGUGUUGGCAUGCGAGGGAUGUAAAGGGUUUUUCCGACGGGCUUUACAAGAUGUCGGAGAUCCGGCACGGAAGAAAUGUUUCUACAACAAGAACUGUGACAUUACAAUAUUGACGCGGAACCGAUGUCAGUACUGCAGACUACAGAAAUGUCUAGCUCUAGGGAUGUCACGCUCCGCUGCAAAACUGGGAAGACGUUCAAGAAAGAUGCGAGAUUUAAUUCGCAGUAUAGAAGACAAGCAGACAGAGCAAGCUCUCCAUGGCCUACUGAGUCUAAAUUCUGACAACGAGACCCCCCUGAUUAUACAUGGUCUUAACGCAAAUGGUGUUGACAUAAAUAGGCAAGAAAUCAAUCAAAUGUCAGUUACUGCCCUUCAAAUCCUGCUUAAACAAAGAGCUGAAUGUGGGCCUAACUAUCCGAGGCAAAGACAUAUGCCAACCCCACCUAGACAUGACAGCCCUAAAAUGGACGGCCCACCCCCUAGUCAUGCACCCCAUACUCAACUGACAGGUACAGAUGGUGAUCAGCCACUAGAUUUGUCGGAUGAGUCCAAUCUCUCCGCAAAUCAAGACCCGCAACUUUCUGCCAUUCGUACAACACUGCCCCUUAAUUUAAUCAGCACAUCUUCCAGGGCUCAAGUGAUGAGCUCCAUUCUCAAUAUGCAGUCUCAAUUGCCAUUCCAUUUACCACCAUCACCACUUGCUAUUAAGACAGAGGAUGGUUUGAUCGAGGAAAGAAGGUCACCAUAUUUACCCAUGUUUGACCCUGCCCUCAUUGCAGCAACGAGAAGUAGUCCAAGUACUUUGACCCAACAGAAUAUCAUGGCCCAGCAGCUAGCCGUUCAGCAACAACUUGCCGCAGCCAGACACCUAAUGGUUCAACACCAGUUGGCAAGUAGUGGCAAUUCUAGUUUUAGCAACUUGCCAACUGGUUUGAUGUCAUCAGCUGCCAUGAUGUCUGUCGAAGGUGAUAAUGAAGAGGAUCAAAUGGACCGAUCCAGCAGUAGCCCAUCAUCCAAAUCUGUGAUUGUUCAACAUACUAGUCUAGAUCUGAGAAAAGUGAUAAAAGAAGAGGAGAGUAUAAAGCACAGUAGAAGUCCUAUCAAGAAACGUCCCUAUGUGCCAUCCACCAGCUCUGAGUGCAACGACGAUGAUCCAGAGGUUGUGUACAAACAUUCCCGCUUAAGUACAGACAGCUCAUCAUCAUCCAGAAGUUACACUUCAGAUGGACGUCCUGUAUCUUUGUCCAAUCCAUCGCCUAGUGAUUCACCAUAUACUGCAAUCCCCGUGUCAUCUGAUCACAUGGUUUCUAAUUAUCAUCAAGCACAUUCAUCAUCACAUAGAAACAUUGACCACGCCAGUCUGAGGGCAUCUUCUCCGUCUGUAUAUCAUCGGGAAGCAGUGCAAGCAGAAUAUAACAGAGUUUCUUCCCCUGAAUACCAGUCUAUGGUCAAUGGCGAAAAACUGAAGAACUCUCAAUCCGAUCACCACACUGCAGUCGUAGCCCCAAUUAUCCAGAACCGAUAUACUCCGCAAAUGAGUCGAGAGGACGAAGCCAGACUAACGGUCCCUCUGUUAACAUACAAAAUCCACGAGUCUUUCUACACAACUUUUACGUUCCUAAAACCGAGAUUAGAGGAGAUGCAUUAUAAGCUGAGAAAUUACCAAGGCAGCGAAUCAAUGGACGGAAUCAUCAACCGACUUGUAUCAGCACACAUGGACAAAUCCAACAGUUUCCAGGCAUUGGAUGGGAGGCCGCUGAAAUCAGGCGAGGUGUGUUGGAAUGCCUUCCAAAGUCUUCUGAACAAAUCAAUACAAGAUGUGAUCAACUUUGCCAAGAAGAUACCAGGCUUUACAAAUCUCGAUCAAGAGGACCAAAUAAGUCUCAUCAAAGGAGGUUGUUUUGAGGUGGCGUGUGUUGUCCAUGCUCAGUUUAUAGAUGCAGAAUCGAACACAAUAUUCCUGGAAGGUCACAAUGCAUUAGUGAAACGAGAUGACAUGAAAUGUGGUUUCCCGCUAGGAGAGCACUUUGUAGAGUUGAUGUUUAAUCUAUGUGUACGAUUUAAUACAUUCAAGUUGGAAGAGCCGGAAAAAGCCUUGUUCAGUGCUUUGGUGCUUAUAUCUCCAGAUCGGCAAGGUCUGAAGAACCGUGAGAAAGUGAGCAAGCUACAAGAGUUAUUGAUUCAAGCAUUACAGAGUAAAGUAACGUCAACACAUCCAGAUGAGAGCGGACUCUUUCCACGUCUUCUCAUGAGCAUAUCUAGUCUACGAGAACUCGGUGUCGAACACAGGAGGAUGCUGGGAAGCCUUAAAGGACAGAUCAGCUUCGCCCAUGAUCUGUACGCUGAGACCUUCGAUCUGCUGUCCUAGAGAUAUAUAUAUAUGUAAUUAUAAUUACUGUUAGUCAUCCGAAAGAAAUGCACUACGUAAUGGAAAAUAUAAUUGAAUGACGUUUAAGUGCUAUUUAUAUAUUUUUUAUGUUAUUAUUUUUUAUUGACAGUUACAGUGUCAGUGCUGUAUACUGGAAAUAGAAUAAUUUUUACCAGAGGCAAAAUGGUAUCCAAAGACUGAUAUAAAAUGAUUUUCAACCUACGCCUGUUUUUACAACCUAAGACUGUUUUUCAACCUAAGGAUGGUUUCCAGCCUUUGACUGGUUUCCAACGUUUAUGGCUGGUUUCCAACAUAAGAUUAUUUCCAACCUUUAAAGGUUGUUUUCAAACCUUUAGUUUCCAACGUAAGACUGGUUCGUUAUUCUUUAAGGCUGUUUUCCAACAUCAGACAGGUUUGUAACCUGAAGACGGUUUCCAGCUUAUGACUAGCUACCAGCCUUUAAGGCUGUUUUCUAACAUCAAACUGAUAAAGACAGAAUCUGAAUAUUUUGUCAGCAAAGUUAUCAUAAGUACAGUAUUGGAUACCAUUUUGAUGUGAAAUCUUGGGACAAAAACUCAAAUCCAUCCGGUGACUUUAUUUUCCAAUUAUAUACAUGUAUAUAUAAACAUGCUUUCUGUCAUUUUAUUAUUUUUUUGACAGCUUUUUACCAUCUAGGUCAUUAUGAUAUAUCAGUUUCUAUUUCCAAGUCAUUAAAUUAUUGAACCCAUUGUUGAAGAUAUAUAUAUGUAUAUAUAUAUAUAUGAGCCGCGUCAUGACAAAACCAACAUAG